UCAUCAAACACACUAUUUCAACAAUGUCGAAGGGUGAGACAGAUCCCGAGGUGCUCUACACCAAGAUGGAGCGCAUCGGCAAGGGCUCGUUCGGCGAGGUCUUCAAAGGCAUCGACAACAAGUCUAAGCAAACAGUCGCCAUCAAGAUCAUCAACCUCGAGGAGGCCGAGGACGAGAUUGAGGACAUUCAACAAGAAAUCACAGUGCUCGCUCAAUGUGACAGCCCCUAUGUCACACGCUACUUUGGCUCGUACCUGAAGGGCAGCAAGCUGUGGAUUCUGAUGGAAUAUCUUGGCGGUGGCUCUGCCCUCGACUUGAUGAAGCCCGGUCCGUUCGACGAAGUUUACAUUGCCAUCAUCCUCCGCGAGAUUCUCAAGGGUCUCGAGUACCUGCACGAGGAAGGCAAAAUCCACCGUGACAUCAAGGCGGCCAACGUUCUGCUUUCCGAGAACGGUGAUGUCAAGCUGGCAGAUUUCGGUGUUGCUGGCCAAAUUACAGAGACAAUGACAAAGCGCACCACUUUUGUCGGCACCCCGUUCUGGAUGGCGCCCGAGGUCAUCAAGCAGUCCGCAUACGACUUUAAGGCCGACAUCUGGUCGCUGGGUAUCACUGCCAUCGAGCUUGUCAAGGGCGAGCCCCCGAACGCAGAGCUGCACCCCAUGCGCGUGCUCUUCCUCAUUCCCAAAAACCCACCGCCGACCCUCGAAGGCAACUACACCAAGCCUUUCAAGGAAUUUGUGUCCAUGUGCCUGAACAAGGACCCCGCCGACCGUCCCACCGCCAAAGAGCUGCUCAAGCACAAGUUUAUCAAGGGCGCCAAGAAGACUUCCACGCUGGUCGAACUCGUCGAUCGGUUUAAGAGGUGGCAAGCCGAGGGUGGUGAUGAUGGCAGCAGCUCUGAUGGCUCGGACGACGAAAACGAGGAUGGCGAAGAGGGCGACGGCAACUGGGACUUUGGCACCGUCAAGGCUGCCAAGAAGGGCACCGUCAAGCGAGCACCUGCCGCGGCUGGCGCAGCACCUUCUGCAGCGGCGCCUGCCGUCGCCGCUCCCCCGGCACCCGUCGUGUCACCAUCGCUUGCCAAGAAGGUCGUUCCAGGAUUGAACAAGGUGGAAAGCAGUCUCGAGGACAAGGCAAUUGCCUCCCAAAUCGCCCAAAUCAAGAAGGCAUUCGAAAUGGCCGAGGCGUCGAAUCCCGGUAUCACUGACAAGAUUGUCGCGCAACUGGUUGCACGAGUUCGAGCAAUUUAAAACGAUCGGUCUCCUUCUCUUCGUUGGUUGACUGUUAGCCUCCCCUAACACGUCUUUGUACUCCUCUUUCCGUCACCCGUCAUUACAAGCAAAAAAACAAAAAUCUUCUCAUCAAGCGAAUCAAGCAAAUCAACCAAAAAGUUUCUUCCCGCCUUGCCCCCCCCCCUUUUUUUUUUGUCGUCUCCUUUCUUCAUCCGCUCUUCACCACACAUCUUGUUUAGUUUGCAUCCAUGUUGUCAUUUUCGUUGGGUGUUUAGGCGUUCGUUUUGGAGCGGACCGUCUUCUUUCGUCCUGGCCACUGUUUCUCGCCGCCGCCCCGGAUGCAUUUCGACUUCUUUUUGGUUUUUGUGCUUGAUGCACAAGUACCUAAAAGCACGCUGAAAAGCAAAGGAUGGCGGGCAGAUAUUCAAUCCUUUUCCCUGGUUGGAAAAAAAAAAAACUGGGACUUUUUUUUUUUUUUUUUGUUUCUUCUCUUUCCUUCUGUUGUGUUUCUCCUUUUUGGUGUUUUUGUUUUGCAUAGUUGAUUCAACGUUUAUACAAUUAAAAAAACUAUCACCGU